UACACAGUAAUACUAAAUAACGUUGCCCAAUUUCUCUCUAUCCUGCAGAUCGCUGUUAAUUACAUCCCCAUCGACACAGUGAAGCGCACUGCUGAGGUGAGCAUAAACACACACUCAAUCUAACACAAACUGUGCAUUAACAGAUUCAUCAUAAGCUACAGUCUCUUUAACAGUCCACCCACAAGGUGGAGCUGCAGGGUAGAGGUCAGUCUCUGUUUCUGAUGGUCUCUAGAGGAGUAGUGGGUAAUGCUGUGUUCUCUUUUAUGUUUUGUAUUAAUGGAAAACUGAAGAACUUUCCACUGGAAGUGGUUCUCAUGCAGAUGGUGGGCCGAGACCAGUCCGUUCCUGAGGGAACCGCCAGCUUUUCAGUGGAGCUGCUGGACUGGUUCGAGCUGCAGCAUGAGCUGGUGCUGGUUAUGGAGCGUCCUCUUGGUUCAGACGGGCGCUGAAGUACCACUCCUGCGCUUUGUGGACUUCGGCUGUGGCUGCCUUUUAGAAGACUCCUACACUCAGUUUGAUGGAACAACUCAGUACACUUCCCCUGAGUUUUUUACCCAGGGGUCCUACCUCCCUGAAAUCAACUUUUGCAACUUGGGAUGUCUGCUGUGUGGAAAGCGCCCUUUCACCAACUCCACACAGAUCAUCAGGAAGACGCUCCGCAUACCUGCCCGCCUGUCCUGCCAGUGUAAGGAUCUGCUGAGGAGACUUGUCGAAGCACCCACAGCGAAGACACUCGCUUCGUCAUCUCCUACAGCAUCCCUGGCUAAGUUCACCUGACAACACACACACAUAGAUAGACACAUCUGUCUAUAUCCACACACUUAGUU